AUGCUGCUGGAGCGGGUCCGCGCCGGUUCGGAGAAGGCAGCGGAGCUCUGCCCCUUCCCGCGGAGCCCAGAGAUCCCGCUGUGCGCCGGCUGCAACCAGCACAUCGUGGACAGGUUCAUCCUCAAAGUCCUGGACCGGCACUGGCACAGCAAGUGCCUGAAAUGCUCCGACUGCCAGACGCAGCUGGCCGAGAAGUGCUUCAGCCGCGGGGACGGCGUCUACUGCAAGGAAGAUUUCUUCAAGCGCUUCGGGACGAAGUGUGCCGCCUGCCAGCAGGGCAUCCCCCCGACCCAGGUGGUGCGCCGGGCACAGGACUUCGUUUACCACCUGCACUGCUUCGCCUGCAUCGUCUGCAAGCGGCAGCUGGCCACCGGCGACGAGUUCUACCUCAUGGAGGACAGCAGGCUGGUCUGCAAGGCGGACUACGAGACGGCCAAACAGAGAGAGGCUGAGUCCACGGCCAAGAGGCCCCGCACCACCAUCACCGCCAAGCAGCUGGAGACCCUAAAAAACGCUUACAACAACUCGCCCAAACCGGCCCGGCACGUCCGGGAGCAGCUUUCGUCGGAGACGGGGCUGGACAUGCGGGUGGUGCAGGUCUGGUUCCAGAACCGCAGGGCCAAGGAGAAAAGGCUGAAGAAGGACGCGGGGAGGCAGAGGUGGGGGCAGUACUUCAGGAACAUGAAGCGAUCCCGGGGGACAUCCAAGUCCGACAAGGACAGCAUCCAGGAGGAGGGGCCCGACAGCGAUGCCGAGGUUUCUUUCACAGAUGAGCCCUCCAUGUCCGAAAUGAGCCAUUCCAACGGGAUUUACAGCAAUCUCAACGAAGCAUCCCCUGCUCUGGGGAGGCAGGCUGGCACCAACGGGAGCUUCUCCCUGGACCACAGCGGGAUCCCAGCUCAGGACCAGUACCACGACCUGCGCUCCAGCAGCCCCUACGGGAUCCCCCCGUCCCCAGCAUCCCUGCAAGCACUGCCAGGCCACCAGCCCUUAAUCUCCAGCUUGGUUUACCCAGACAACGGCUUGGCCAUCAUGGGACAGAGCGGACAAGGCGUGCCCCAGCCCAUGAGGGUCCUGGCCGGGAACGGACCGAGCUCCGACCUCUCCACGGGCAGCAGCGGGGGGUACCCGGAUUUCCCGGCCAGCCCGGCCUCAUGGCUGGAUGAGGUCGACCACGCUCAGUUUUGA